GAGUAUUUAAAAGAUUCUAAAAUUAAAAGUAAAAAAUAUAUUAAUACUAAAACUAUUGAAGAAGAUAGGCGUAGUUUCUACUGUAUUAAAGAACUACCUUUUAGAUAUACUAUAAAAGUUAUAAAGAAGUUUAAUUUAAAGGUAAAAGAGCUAAUAUCUUUUAACUAUAAGAAGAUUUAUAACUAUUUAAAAAAGCGUGUAGAAGUAGUGAAAGAAGUAAGACUUUUCAACUUGAAGCUAAUAAUAAAGCAUUUUACUAAGGAAAUAGAAGAGAAGUAG